GCUGUCACUUGGAUACCGCCCUCCAAGCUCCACUCCGCUGCAGUCCGAUCCCCGCCAGAAACAGAAACAGAACCAGAACCAAAGCCAGAGCUCACUCUCGCUUUCACGGCUGGCUUAAUUAAUUUAAAUUUUUAAUUUAAACUAGAGCUGGUGGAGCGGACGCCUUAAGUCGUCGGCAAACAAAACAAAAGCCACAGAUGCUAUCUGGUUGUGCACACACAUUCGCACGGGCAGCGCACAACCGCCAAGUCGGCUUUGGAUUUCGAGAAAUCGGAGUGGUACCUUCAGUUCCUUUCCCCAAAACAUCUCGUCCUUCACUCACUUGGCGACCAUGCGAACCGGAGUCGCUUGUCUCCUGCUGCUCCUGGGCAUCUGUGGAGCCGCCAGGGCGGAUCUCACCUACCGCGGCAAUGCAGUGCAUCCAGAUUAUCCCGGCCAGUGCUACUACGAGGAGCUCAACCAGGCCAUACCCAAAAAACAGUCCUACAAGCCCAUCAAUCGCGAGGGCUACUGCCAAUCCAUUUACUGCAGACCAGACUAUGUCCUCGAAAUUGGCUACUGCGGUCGCCACAAUCUGGUGCCCACGGAGCAGUGCAAGAUCGCCUCGGAUAUGCGACGCACCUUUCCCGAGUGCUGUCCCAAGUUGGUUUGCCAGGAGUCCGAGAGCAACUACAUCUAGGCUAGGAUGCUGUCCUGGCUGCUUGGUAGUAUUCCUACUUGAUAGUAUCGAUAUUUUUAUUUCGUUAAAUGCUAAAUGUUAUCUGUAAGUUCAUUGUGUAUUUAUAUUGAUAGGUUUAUUGUUGUAUGUUUUUGAUAUGCUUGCCAGAAAUAUAUAUAUGUAUCUAUUUGUACAAAAC